CGGCGAUCAACAGCCGCAACACCGCAACACACAUUUCACUCGCGCAAUCCUCAGUUGCUCGUUGCACAUAACCACAAUAUAUCCACAACCUAAAGCAGAAGUGCACCUCCCCCCUCAUCAUGUCCGGCAACACGCCAAAGUCGAUGUCGAGUCGGCUCAUGACAAUGAAGUUCAUGCAGCGCUCGGCAGCAAAGAACGUCGCAUCCUCGCCAACAACACCGAACGGACCCGCUUCGAAGAGAGUGCGCCUCUCGAACGGUGGCUCCGCGGCCGCAGACCGACAGAUCCUUGAGUCGGCGCUUGCCGAAGAUGCGAAGAAAGAACAGGAGGCGCGCGACAAAGCUGCGCAAUACACAGGCGAGACAAAGUGGGUGCUCAGCUAUACGGAUCCGUUGGAAGGCAAGCGAGGCGAUGCUCUCACUGUUAGACAGGCAGGGUUCGCAGAGCUUGAUGCAGACGACAGCGAUGACGAGGACGAAGAGCCAGCACAGCCAAUAAGGAGACAGUAUGGCGGUGGUGUCAAGAAAGCAAGCAAACAUGUGUUCGAGAAAACCGAGGGCUCCGAUGGCGAGACAGAAUCCUCCUCCGAAGACGACUACGACUCAGACGAUCCAACCGCCGAGCUCAUACGCGAGACGAAGCGAGAGAUGUCCUCGAAGAAACGUGAAUCGCGAAAGAGCCUGGGAGACGCAUCACCAGCUGCCAGACCGAUAAACGAAGACGCCAACCUCGAUCGCCUGACAUCGCUCAGUGGAGGCCGUAAGCCUGCAGGACGUGACAUGAGCAGCAUGGAGUGCUUCAAGUGUGGGCAGAAGGGACAUGCUAAGGCUGAUUGCCCAAAUCCUGGACGCAGCUCUGCUGGGCGGGGUCGAGGCCGUGGCGGACGAAGGUAAAGAACAUGCCAUGCAGCAGGUCCUUCUCUAUAUUCGGAGACGCCUGAUACUAUCUGGUCAAGUAUUGCUACCGUAAUCUGGUGGCCCACCGGACAUAAAGCCAUCAGUGGCUCUACACCGG